ACUGUUUGUUUUGCUCACGUUAUCAAUAUGUACUGUCGGUAAGAUUACGGAUGAUAUACACAUAUUGCAUAUUUCCUCGCGGAUUGACUUCAUCGCUCCUGCUACCGCCGUCUAGCAAAUGAUGGUCAAUCAGUUCACUUUAGACUAUCGACAAGCACGAUUGGUGGCUUAUCUUACGGGGAAGCAGACGAUAUGGCAAACUUUGAACCUACCGAGCACCAGCAUACGCGCUACAACCCCCUGAAUGGGCAGUGGAUUUUGGUGAGUCCCCACCGCAUGAAGCGGCCUUGGUCUGGCCAGGAGGAACAACCGCAGCGCAACGACCUACCCGAGUUCGAUCCGACUAAUCCGUUGUGUCCAGGUGUGACCCGCUCCAAUGGAAGUAAAAAUCCCAUCUACAAAUCGACGUUCGUGUUCACGAAUGAUUUUCCGGCCUUGUUGGAGGACGUUCCAUUGCCACCGGAAAGUGACGACCCACUGUUUCAAACCGGAGGUGCUCGAGGCACCUGUCGCGUAAUGUGCUUCCAUCCCAAAUCGAACAAGACCCUUCCGGUGAUGACACCGAAGGAAAUCCGCACGGUCAUCGAUGCGUGGAUAGCGGAGUUUAAAACUCUGGCUAGCAAGUACACGUGGGUGCAGAUUUUCGAGAACAAGGGAGCUAGCAUGGGGUGUUCGAAUCCGCAUCCUCACUGUCAGAUUUGGGCAUGUUCGUUCUUUCCCAAUGAGCCUCGCGUGAAGGACGAAAAGCUCAGAGAGUACUAUCAGAAAAAUGGCACCGCUUUGCUGGACGAUUAUGCCAGGAAGGAGGUAACGAAAAAGGAACGCGUCGUUAUCGAGAAUCCCGACUGGUUGGUCGUGGUUCCCUUCUGGGCGAGUUGGCCCUUUGAGACGAUGAUCAUCUCGCGGAAUGGAAACCGUCGAAUUUCGGAUCUGAGCCUACAGCAAAUCAACAACCUGGCCAUCGUUAUCAAAGAGCUAACAAUCAAAUACGACAAUCUGUUCAAGUGCUCGUUCCCGUACAGCAUGGGCUGGCAUGGGGCACCCACCGGUGAUCUGAUAGGUCAAGAUGAUAAGCCCUGGACGCUGCAUGCCAUGUACUACCCACCGCUGCUACGUUCGGCGUCGGUCCGUAAAUUUAUGGUGGGAUUCGAACUGCUGUGCCAACCCCAGCGGGAUCUGACUCCCGAGCAAGCAGCUGGUCGAUUGCGUGAACUAUGUGGCAAAAAACAUUACAGCGAGCAUAUUUAGAUAGAGGCUUUCACACAGUGAAUUGACGAGGCUAGAUGAAGUGGAGUAAUGAUGUUGUUUAUUGAGGAUCGAUCGGUUCGUUCGGGGUGAUUGAAUGUUAUUCGGACGAGCAAACAUCAACAUGGCGAUGGCGGUAGUUAUAUAAAAUUGUUUUCCUAAGAUUUCCUUACGCUCUGCCUCCGCUCGAGGGUUUGCAGCUCAUGUAACAAAGAUGCGACGUUGUAGCGAAGCCUGUGGAACAUUGAUAAGCUGAGCUCGAAGCUGAGGAAUUCUCCGUCGGUUUUCUGUAUGUGUAGAAUGAUCGUGGGAUGCCGGGCCGAAGAUCUAAAUAUAGAUGAGAAGCAUUAAUCAAAAGUCAUUGAAACAGUAGUUGCAUUUAAGGACAAACGUCUUGAAAUCCCGCAUCAACAGUGCAUCAGAACUUCAGACGCACAAAUCUUAAGAAGCAAGCUUCAAACAACAGUGCAUUUUAUUAUUCUGUUCUUACUCACUUGUAAUUUCAUUUUCAUUUUCAUUUUGCAGCAUUUGGUGGGGCAAUGAGAGCGCAAGUCAGUCCAAAGCCGAUGAUAAGGAGGGGUAAUGGCUGAAUAGUCUUUGCUGACCACAUAAACGCCAUGGGAUAGGAAAAGGGUAUUUUGGUGUGGGACUAGGGUGUUGGUGCAGACUUGACGAUAUCAAUGCUAUUCAGAUGCAAAAUAACUUUAAGGCUCAAUAGUGAAUCGCAUAUCUUCCAAAACCAAAAAAACAAUAAUCCACAAAAUACCAAGCAAGUCAUAGAAAGAAAAAGCGCCCGAUUGUUUAUUUUGUCAAUUAUAACAAACGGAAACUUCUACCCUCUCCGACUCGCCAGUCACCCCGGAAAAAAUGUCCCUUCAGUUCUGGAAAAUAUAUUAUCCCCAAUUAAGCCUUUAAUCGAAUUGUCCGCGUGGUCUUGUAGUACCCCUGCUAGGUAAGAAUCAGUCAUUGCCAUACAUAUUAAAUGCUAGACAUGACCCCAUGGAUAGCAUUUGCAUAUGUAAAAGCUUUGCUGAUGUGACUUUCCUAUUAGGCAAUUCUCUCAUCUCAUGUUUGUCUUCAAAACCUUAUCAAGCUUAGAAAAUUGAAGUUGAUAAACAAUACAUUACAAGGUUCGAAUUCCCAUAGAAUGAGAUCAUUCAUUCGCACUACAACACCAUAGGAGAUAAUACCACAUUGGCUGAUUACAGUACGAAUGUGAAAAAUCUCCCUUUUCCCCCUAUCCGCAACCCGGGGACGCGCCCUGUUGGAUUUCGAAAGCCUCGGAGAAUAUUACAAACCUUCAAUGGCAUUCCCAUAAACUAACCCACAUUGCCCAUUCAGGGGUCUGACUGGGCCUAUUACUCUCCCUCAGUUUGUAAUAUUCUCUCCAACUUGAAAUUAUAUUUUCCCGGCACAUAAAUGACUUCGACAAAUGUUCGAUAUACUAUGCAGCGUCAUGAUCAGUAUAACUAUAUCAGAUGACUUGGAGAUCUGAUUCUUACAGAAUUGUUUGCCAUUGAUUAUACAUUCAGCUAUUCUAAUCAUUACUGCAAAGGCCAUCGACCACAUGCCUGAAAUCAAAGCUUCCUGGAAGAUAUAAUCCAAGCCCAGGGAUUCUGUUCUUACUCACUUGUAAUAAGCUUAAAAUAAGAAGAUCAGAUGCGCUGGUUAUGUUUACGAAGAGUUUUGUGCGCUCGAAAUCGUGAGUAGGUGCCAAAGUCGGCCAUCGUGGCGGCCAUUUUGGGAUUUUAACAAGUCUGUCCUUAAGGUAAACUCGUAGGAAAAACAUAAGAGGGUGUCAGUUUUCGUUGAUUUUAUGUCGGUUUAUUUUUUGCGAUUUUAUUAAAUGACUAGCCUAAUCAAAUUUAGCAAUAAAUAUAAUUACAUUGAAAUA